AUUUGCAACCGAACAGGUGACAACCGCGUUUCAUGUACCCGCUAAGAGGCGGCUAGAACUUCACAAAUAUUCCGCGACUGUAAGAGUAAUUAGGUGCGCCUCCCGCCGGUGAUAUUAGCGCGAAACGAAUUGCGGCUGCCUGUUUAUCUGCAGUUGCAAAUAUUGAUUCGUUCUACAUCUAAUGUUUGGCUUUUGCCUCUUGCUAUUUGAAUAUUGGUGCCGGAAGACUGGUCGUUUAGAGCAACGAAAUGGGCCGCACAGUUCAGAUUGCUCUUCCUCAUAUUUCUUAGAUUUGGACAACCGCGUUAAAAAUAACGAAAUGUCUGACGAAAGCAUGGGCGGAGAGGGCGGCGAUGCGCCGCAGAUGGAAGACAAGAAGUUCUUCGUGGACCGCGCCAAGUCGGGGCGCGCCACGUGCCGCAAGUGUAAGCAGAAGCUGGAGGCGGGCGGUCUGCGCAUCGCCAAGGCGGGCCACAACCCGUUCGGGCCGGGCCUCAUGAAACUGUGGCACCACGUGCCCUGCAUGUUCGAGGUGUUCGCCAAGCAGCGCGCCUCCACCGCCCGCAUCAACACGCCCGACGACGUCGCUGGCUGGAGCGACCUCGACGAGGACGACCGCAACCACAUACUGUCUUUCCUGCCAGAGGGCGCUGCUGCCGCCGCCGCCUCCUCAGCGAGCAGCCAGAAGGGCAAGGCGGCGCCGGCGCCUGCUGCCGCCCCGUCGGCGCCCGCCUCCAGCGCGGGGAGCAAGCCGUCUGCGGAGGACCGCGCCCACAAAGACAACUCCUUCCGGGAGUUCCGACGCCUUUGCGCGGAGGUCGCCAACCUGCCGGCCUACGGCGACAAGACGGCCGCCGUGCGCAAGAUGUUCACCUCGGGCACCAGCGGCGAAAGCUUCAAAGGUGAUCUCCUACUAUGGGUUCGCCUGCUCCUGCCUGGUGCUGUGAAGAGAGUUUACAAUAUCCAAAGCAAGCAGAUUGUGAAACUGUUUAGCAGAAUUUUGCAUGCUGACCAAGAUGAAAUGUUGGAAGACUUAGAACAAGGAGAUGUGGCUGAAACAGUUCGUAUUUUCUUUGAACGCAGCACCCAUCUGCAACCUACGAAAAAGAGUACAUUAUCUUUAUAUGACGUUGAUGAAUUUUUAGAGAAGCUUUCAACUAUGACGAAGGAGGAUGAACAAGCCCAUCAUUUCAAACAAAUAGCAAAAAGAUGUACAUCAAAUGACUUGAAAAUGAUCAUUCGACUAGUGAAGCAUGACCUGAGAAUCAAUGCUGGUCCCAAACAUAUCCUUGAUGCAGUUCAUGCUGAUGCCUAUCAGGCAUUCCAGAUGUCACGUGACAUCUCUUCCGUUAUUGCACGUGCCACGGGCAAGAAUUUUCUGCAAGGGAAAGGCGAAUCUGGGAAGAAACAAGGAACUGCUCCUGGUGGCAUGAGUAUUGGUGUUGCUUUGAUGACACCUGUCUUGCCAAUGCUGGCAGAGGCAUGUAAAUCUGUUGAACAAGCAAUGAAAAAAUGUCCUAAUGGGAUGUUCUCUGAAAUAAAGUAUGAUGGUGAAAGGGUUCAAGUUCACAAAAGAGGUGAUGAUUUCAAGUAUUUCUCUAGAAGCUUGAAGCCUGUGAUGCCCCAUAAGGUUUCCCAUUUUAAAGACUACAUACCAGAAGCAUUUCCUCAUGGCAAAGAUGUGAUUCUUGAUAGUGAAAUCUUGAUGAUAGAUACACAAACUGGGAAGCCAUUACCAUUUGGUACUCUUGGUAGACAAAAGAAAGAGGGGCUUAAAUCUGCCAACGUAUGCCUGUUUGUAUUUGAUUGCAUUUACUAUAAUGGUGAAAUUCUACUGUCAAAACCGAUCAAAGAAAGAAGAAAGAUUCUGCACAGUGUGAUGACAGAAAUACCAAACAGAAUUAUGUUCUCGGAGGCAGAGGAAGUUCAUCAACCAAAGCAACUUGAAGUAAUGAUUGAGAAGGUGUUUAAAUUGGGUCUGGAAGGGCUGGUCCUCAAGGAUCUGAUGAGCACUUAUGAGCCUGGCAAGCGCCAUUGGUUGAAAGUAAAAAAGGACUACUUGUUUGGUGGAGCCAUGGCAGAUGCUGCUGAUCUGGUGGUGCUGGGUGCCUGGUUUGGAACAGGACAAAAAGGGGGGAUGAUGUCAGUAUUUCUGAUGGGAUGCUAUGAUACAUACCGUGAUAAAUGGUGUACUGUCACCAAAGUACACACAGGUCAUGAUGACAAGACUCUUGAGAGAUUACAGGAUGAACUGGGGCCACAGGUGACAAAGAUUAGCAAAGAGGCCUCUCGUGUGCCCAGUUGGCUAAAUUGUACGAAGACAAUGAUUCCAGACUUUGUUGCCAAGGAUCCUAAGAGUAUGCCAGUGUGGGAGAUAACAGGAGCAGAAUUUACACGCCAUGAUGUGCAUACAGCAGAUGGUAUUUCUAUUCGUUUUCCCCGUGUUACUCGAAUACGCAGUGAUAAAGAUUGGAAGACAGCCACCUCCUUAGUGGAGUUAAAGGAACUUUAUAAGAAGUCAAAGGACAAUGCAGAUUUUUCAUUGAUACAGAGCUCUCCAAAAAGUAGUCCAGAUGUUUCGAAACGCCAAAGAUUAACAAGAUCUCGUUCACCCACACCUGUGAAGGACACAAGGAAGGAAUCUAAGAAGACAAAUAACAAACAAGAGGAAAUUGUGGACCAAGAAAUGAAGGAGGAAGUCAGUGAAGAAAACAAUAGUGCAAGGAAGAGAUCACUCAGUCCUAACAAGAGAGGUGAAAACUCUGGCUCUGGAUAUAAAAGAAAAUUUGGCAGUAACCAGUCCUCUCCAUCUGAGGAGGAACCACAAGAUAGCAGUACACCCAAGAAGGAAAAUAAGGCCCAUGGUUCAGAGAAAUUUAACAAAUAUGAUACUGAUACAACUAUGCCAGAAAUUAUGCUGUGGAAGUCUUCUUCAUUGCAACCUCCCCGUGAUCUCUGGGCUUUUGCUACAUUUCUGUCAUGGGAACUGAAUGGUAUUGAUGAUAGAGUACUUCUUGCUCAGGCCAAGAGAAGUAUAGUAGAUACUGUCACAAGGUUUCGAGUUGAGCAAGAAAUUCUGUGCAAGGCCCAAACAUCUGGAAACCAUGAAACUGAGGAAAGUAAUAUAAAAGAAGAUGAGAAACCAGUAGAGGACACUGUGAGUACAGAAAUGGAAACAAAGAUGGAAAUUCAUUCUCCAGAAACUCCAGAGGAUAAAGAAACAAAAUCUAAUGAAGAAAGUGAAGAAAGGAAGGACAAAAUGGAUGAUAUUCAGUCAGGUAAUGAAGAGGAAGAUGAGGAGGAGGAUGAGGAGGAGAAGGAAGAGGAGGAGGAGAAGGAGAAGAAGAAGAAAGCAGAUUGGGAAAAAGACAGUGAUUGGGAGAGUUGUUGUGAUGAAGACAAGAAAGGCCUGUCUGACCAAAGCCGCACAAGUAAUAAUGUGGAACUUGCAGAUCCUAACAGUGAUGAAAGUUUGAAGAAAGAUGAAAAGAGUGUGUGUGGUGAAUGAGAGGACUGUUGAUGUGUUACUUUACACAGCUGCACAGGAUCAAUAUGUGGCCAGAAGUAGAGGUAGCAUUUGGAAUUCUAGUAGCCAAUGCACAUUUUAAAUAUGUUUUCAUAUUUUCAGGCAGUGUUUUCUGUCUUCAGAAUUGUUGAGAAAUGGAGUAGAAGGAAUGAUGCAUUUAUGGAAUGGAAAUGUUCUGAUUACAACCAUUUAGGAUAUUUUCAUGUAGUUGAAUUACAGGCAAAACAAUUGUUUUAUUUCACCAGAGCUGGCCUUUUUAAAAUAAUGAUUUUGACACCACUUUCAAAAUAAUCAUUAUUGCAUGCUUAAUGGUGACUGCUUCAUCUACCAUUCCAUUAUUUUACCUUUUCAUUGUUGCAUUGCAGAAAAAUGCUUUGACAUCAUCUGAAGUGACUGUGUGCACUUCAGUGUGCACCGUGUCUGUCUUAUAAAAAUCUUUCUUAUACAUGUCUCAAAGCCAACAAUGAAAUUUUUGCUUCUUUUCUUUUCUGUUCUAUUUUCUUUUUCCUUUUCGUUUUGAUUUCUGAAUGAAACUAGAGCAAUAUUUCAAAAGAAGUAAUUCAGUAUUUUUGUUUAGAUACCUUUAUUUUAUGUUCUUAUAAAUGAGAAAAGAAUGUGUUAAUUCCUUUAAUUAUUGUGAUAUACUUAAUGAUAUUCUUUGUCUUUAACAGACACGUUAGGUUUUGUGUAAUCAAAUUUGUGAUUUAUUGGUAAAAAAUUCUACAAUGAGUGCAUAUCUUAAUAUUUAAUGAGUCAAAAGGUUGUUCUUAUGUGCAGAACAACUUUGUUCACCAAGAUAGAUCUGACAAUUUCUGCUUAGCUAUGAAAUACCUGUUGAUAAAUCAGGUGUUAUUAUUAGUUAGCUCCAUGUGUAGUGUAUGAUAGUGGCUGCAUGGAAUGCAGAUUGUAACAUAAUGGCUGUCAUUUCCAAAAUGGAAGAAAAUUGUGUUCUCUGAUUAUUAUACUGCUGUGUAAUACUUUUCUUAAAGCUUCGUAUUGUGUUAAAAGUGCCUAGAGGAAUAAUGUUUCCUCAUAUGCCUUUUGAUAUUUGUCUUUUUUUGUGAAAUGUUAAAUUUACCUCAGGCAUAAAAAAUAAUUAUCCCAAUUGCUGCACUAAAAAUAGAUCUGAAGGUGACCAUCUUCUGACACUGCAUUUUCAUUAUAAUCAAAAUGUCUAAAACAACAUUUCACAUAAUUAGAUGGGAGCAUAAGGGUGAGGGGGAAUUGUUUUGUGUAACUCAACUGAAAGUGAGUAGUCUAUUUAUGAGACACUUGCAACUGCUGCGGAUGGUAAUUGUAGUACCACAAUUUUUAAAUUAAAUAUGAUUGAUAAAGGGUAGCAUAUUUAUUGUCAUCUUGAUGAAGAAAUUGUUAAUCCAGUUAAACAAAAAUUCUUUCUUUCUUCCAUUUACUAUGAUUUCUCUUUGGAAGACAUUGAAAACCUAGAUGGUUCCACCUCAGGUUUGCUAUUGUUUACUUCAUGCGCAUCAGGCUGGGGGAUUCUUUUUCACUCUCAGAUGUGUAAACUUCAAAAAAACUCAAAUUGUUAGCUAUACCUGUUGCUGUUUUUAUUCUUUUGUGCUGUCAGUUGUAAUGUUUAUACACAGCAUAAUUAAUUCAUUUAGAAUUUGAGCAUAGUGCCAAAAUUUAAAGUGAUUAUGAUUUCUCUGAUAUUUGUUUAUAAUUGUAUAGUGUAAAUUUGUUUAAUUUACUCAAAACUGAUAUUCUCACUAUGGAACUCCCUUGAAAGAAUAUAAGUCUGAAAUUUAAAGAUUAACAGGUAUGGCAAAGAGUUGGCACAACUGUUUUGCUGUUUUCAGUUUGUUGGUCACUUAAAGUUACUGUUUGCUACUGUUCUAACAAAAUGAAGGAUAAACUAUUAGCCAUUUUUGUACCUGAUUAUUGAUGUUCUUAAAAUGUUGCUGCUCAAAAUAAUUUAUCUACUGAUUAUUUGUGAGAGAGGAGAAAUAUUUAAUUUGGUUAUUAAGUUGUACAGAUAGUAUUUAAUUCUUCAUUCUCCAAAUUUACAACAAUGUUGACACAGUUUCACAUAUUCUUAUGCAAAUUUCUUGUAAAUUUGUAAUCCGAAAAAAAUAAAAUAACAUAGUGCGUGAAUUUGGGAUCUACCUGUAAUGUUUCAUAAAAUUUUUAGAUCAUCUGAAACUGAGUGACAAGUCACACCACAGUCAUUACAGACAAGCAAAUUACUGUUAGAAGUUGAGUAUAUUUCAAUAUUUCACCCAGAAAAAAGAAUAACACAGUUAGGCAACUUUUAAUACCUUUUACAGAAAUAGGCAGGGAUUUAUUUCCGAAGAUAUUGCAUAUGGAGAGAAUAAAAUUCAAGGAGAAAGCCUAAGCAGAAUAAAUUAAGAGGAACUUAUCACUGUGCCCUUUAUGAAGGCCCUUCCCAUUUCAUUCAUGUAUGGAGCAUUGCUUAAAUGCUUCCAUCUGCACUGUAAUUAAUCUAAUUUUGCAUUCACAUCAUAAGUGUGAUACAUACACUGAUGGAAAAAAA